UACCCAAUUAGUGACGGUAAAUGCAGCAGAGCAAGCACAAUAAAAAAUGAACUGCCAAAGUGUCACCUUGAAUGGAAGAUUUAAAAUGCCAAUCGUAGGAUUCGGUUCCGGCGGGAUAAUAACGGCAGAACUAAUGGAAGAAACUCUAAAUACUGCGCUUGAGGCAGGAUAUAGGCACAUUGAUACCGCAACUGCUUAUGAAAAUGAGCAUCUCAUUGGUCCGGUACUUCAAAAGUGGUUUUCUUCCGGCAAGCUGAAUCGAGAAGAUAUCUUUAUUACCACGAAACUACCUAACUAUAAGCUUCAACCAGAAAAGGUUGAAGAGCAACUUAAAGCGUCUCUAGCCAGACUUCAGAUAAACUAUGUAGAUUUGUAUCUGAUCCAUUUUCCAGUGGCUAGAAUGGAAGCAUCACCAUAUGAACCAUCUCCGUUGUUACCAACUGAUCAUGUUGCUAUUUGGAAGAAAAUGGAGGAGCAAGUUGAAAUGGGUCGUGCGAAAGCUAUCGGAGUGUCCAACUUUACUCAAAAUCAAAUCGAAAAAUUAAUCAAUAAUUCGACAAUUAAGCCUGCUUGCCUGCAAUCGGAAAUUCAUUUGUAUUUACAACAGGAACCCUUAGUAAGAUUCUGUCACUCUAACGGAUUGGCAGUGACCGCAUAUUCCCCUCUCGGUCAUCCGGGAAUCGGUGAUUGGUUUAAACAAAAUGGAAUAGAAAAAGAAUUUCUGCCCGAUGAGCUGAACGAUCCGACUGUUCAACUGAUCGCAAAAAAACAUAAUGUUACUAGUGCUCAAAUAUUGUUAAAAUUCCAAAUACAAAGAAAUAUAGUCGUGGUUCCAUAUACCUCGAAGCCAAGUAGAGUGAAAACAAAUUUCGAUUUGUUUAGUUUUUCUCUUGACGCCGCCGAUAUAAAAGCACUAAUCGAUUCGGAUAAAGGAGAAAGGGCUCGAAUUUUCGGGUUUGAAAACUUGAACGGAUUUUAGGGAAGACCAUCCGGAAUGGCCAUUUCCAAAAACGAAGUAACAAAAUUCGCAUACAG